UGACGAUAUCGGCGGGUUUAUAUUGGCGCGGCCCAGAAGGCUGAGGCCUCUGCGGCGCGGUCUUCGGGCACACGCGGCUUUGCCUAGCGGUGGCCAUGGCCGACUACCUGAUUAGCGGGGGCACGUCCUACGUGCCAGACGACGGGCUCACAGCACAGCAGCUGUUCAACUGCGGGGACGGCCUCACCUACAAUGACUUUCUCAUUCUCCCUGGGUACAUCGACUUCACUGCAGACCAGGUGGACCUGACUUCUGCUCUGACCAAAAAGAUCACUCUGAAGACCCCACUGGUUUCCUCACCCAUGGACACAGUCACAGAGGCUGGCAUGGCCAUAGCAAUGGCGCUUACAGGUGGUAUUGGCUUCAUCCACCACAACUGUACACCUGAGUUCCAAGCCAACGAAGUUCGGAAAGUGAAGAAAUAUGAGCAGGGAUUCAUUACGGACCCUGUGGUCCUCAGCCCCAAGGAUCGAGUGCGGGAUGUGUUUGAAGCCAAAGCCCGGCAUGGAUUCUGUGGUAUCCCAAUCACCGAUACAGGCCGGAUGGGGAGCCGCUUGGUGGGCAUCAUUUCUUCAAGGGACAUAGAUUUUCUCAAGGAGGAGGAACACGACCGAUUUUUGGAAGAGAUCAUGACGAAGAGGGAAGACUUGGUGGUAGCCCCUGCAGGCAUCACACUGAAGGAAGCAAAUGAAAUUCUGCAGCGCAGCAAGAAGGGAAAGUUACCCAUUGUAAAUGAAGAUGGUGAGCUGGUAGCCAUCAUUGCCCGGACAGACCUGAAGAAGAACCGGGAUUACCCACUGGCCUCCAAAGAUGCCAAGAAGCAGCUGCUGUGUGGAGCAGCCAUUGGCACUCAUGAAGAUGACAAGUAUCGGCUGGAUUUGCUAGCCCAGGCUGGAGUGGACGUAGUGGUUCUGGACUCUUCCCAAGGAAACUCCAUCUUCCAGAUUAAUAUGAUCAAGUACAUCAAGGAGAAAUACCCCUCCCUCCAAGUUAUUGGAGGCAAUGUGGUCACAGCUGCUCAGGCCAAGAACCUCAUUGAUGCUGGUGUAGAUGCCCUGCGGGUGGGCAUGGGCAGUGGCUCCAUCUGCAUCACCCAGGAAGUGUUGGCCUGUGGGCGGCCACAAGCAACAGCAGUGUACAAGGUGUCAGAAUAUGCACGGCGCUUUGGUGUUCCUGUUAUUGCUGAUGGAGGAAUCCAAAAUGUGGGCCAUAUCGCCAAAGCCUUGGCCCUUGGGGCCUCCACAGUCAUGAUGGGUUCCCUCCUGGCUGCUACCACUGAGGCCCCUGGCGAGUACUUCUUCUCCGAUGGGAUCCGGCUAAAGAAAUACCGUGGUAUGGGUUCUCUUGAUGCCAUGGACAAGCAUCUCAGCAGCCAGAACCGAUAUUUCAGUGAAGCUGAUAAAAUCAAGGUGGCCCAAGGGGUGUCUGGGGCUGUGCAGGACAAAGGGUCCAUCCACAAAUUUGUCCCCUACCUGAUCGCUGGCAUCCAGCAUUCCUGCCAGGACAUUGGUGCCAAGAGUUUGACCCAAGUCCGAGCCAUGAUGUAUUCUGGAGAACUCAAGUUUGAGAAGAGAACAUCCUCCGCUCAGGUGGAAGGGGGUGUGCACAGCCUCCAUUCGUAUGAGAAGAGGCUUUUCUGAAAAGGGUUACCACAUACCCCCUCAGUUUUUCAAUAAAAGUUUGGAGAAAAAAAAA